GCCGGAAAAUAGUGCGAACGUCAUUAAAAAGAUAAUUUUAAAAGUUAUAAUCCUCUAGUGUGUGUCACAGAGAGCAAGAACAGCAUGGCGAAUAGUACUGUUUUUGUAUAUACAGACGAGCACGAUGCUGCUGAACAUCAUAUUGCUAUGGUAGUUGUUAAUGCGAUCUCCUCACUGGCUGGGAUUAUUGGUAAUUGCCUCGUCUUAGCCGUACUGMUAAAGAACAAGGAGCACUUUCAGGGCAUCAAUUUAUUUAUCGCUGCUUUGGCUCUCACAGACYUCACUGUUUGUACYGUUGUGCAACCAGUCUUGAUUUGUCUUCUAUUUGAAACGGCGUUAGAAGAUUCUGCCCUCAAAAUAUUUGAAGACAUUAUUUUUGCGAUACUGAUUCAGAUGUCACUGAACCUUUUAUUCAGUGUAUCUAUAUUUCGGGUUACCGAGAUCUGYCGUCCAUUUUUCUACCGUUCAUUUGCGACUAGGGCCCGCAUGUUAGCCGUUGUUGCGUUUGUUUGCGUUGUCUCCAYAAUUCAAGGUAUCCUAUUUAACCGCAAAUUAUUUCGUACCGCUGAACCGUACGUUCAGUACGCAACUAUUUUCGCUUUCCUGAUUAUUUACGCCAUUAUCUACAGAACUGCGUGGAAACAUCGAAGUGUCAUAGCAUGUCAGACUCGUUCACUUGCUUUUAAUCAUAAUAUCAUGACUGAAACAAGACUUGCCCAUCUCAGGACGUCUACCGUUACCACAGGAAUCAUCACUGGCGCUUUUGUAGUCUGUUUUCUUCCUUUUAGUGUUGUCAAUCUCCUCGAUUAUCAGAUGGARGAUAAUGACAGCUUACUAACAAAAUGGGCAACCACAAUCGUUUGCUGUAAUUCAUYUAUGAACGCRUAUAUCUAUACCUUAAGAAGUAGAAACUUCAAAAAAGCAGUCUCGAAAACAAUACGAGCAUUAAACUGUUUCAUGUCAGGGUGAAAUUACACGAUCAAAAGUGUAUAAUCUGCAAACUUUUAGCUUACGUUAUAUAAUAAGACUGUUGAAUAAAUUCAAAGAACCUUAUAUACAAAACGCUUGUUAAAUUAAUCUACUAAGAAGGAUCUAUAGAGAUAAACAUCUGAAGUCAUUCUAAAAAAUCUAGUCGAAAAUAAUCACCACUUUCUUUAAUAACCUUUCCUAGUAAUGUAAAUAAAAAAGCCAUAAAUAUCCCAGUUUUAUCUCAAAUAUAUUAUAGGAAAUGAUUAAUGCUCAACCUUUGUCAAGUAACAGGUGCAAGAAGGCCAUCCCCUGUCAAGUAUACAAGAUGUGACAUCAUUUUAAAACUCCAUUSAUUACAUUAUUAGAAAACUAGUCAUUUUUAGAAAUUUUU